AUGGCAGUCCGUCUUCAAUACGAGAAUAGCAGCGACAUUGGAGUCUUUUCCAAGCUCACAAAUACCUAUUGCCUGACCGCCAUCGGAGGCUCAACCAACUUUUAUUCGGCAUUCGAGAGCGAACUCGGAGAUGUCAUCCCCAUCGUACACGCCUCCAUCGCCGGCACGCGUAUAAUUGGCCGUCUAACGGCUGGAAACAGACAUGGACUGCUUGUACCAGCAGGUACAACAGACCAGGAGCUGCAGCAUCUCCGAAAUUCGCUGCCAGACACAGUUGCCCUGCAGCGAAUCGAGGAGCGAUUGUCUGCGCUAGGAAAUGUGAUUGCAUGCAACGAUCAUGUCGCACUUGUCCAUCCAGAUGUUGAUCGAGAGACAGAGGAGAUUAUCGCCGACGUUCUCAAGGUUGAAGUAUUCCGCCAGACUGUCGCAGAUAAUGUCCUUGUGGGCAGUUACUGCGCACUCAGCAACCAAGGUGGUCUCGUACAUCCAAAGACGAGCAUACAGAGCCAGGACGAGCUGUCGAGUCUGCUCCAGGUACCGCUCGUGGCUGGGACGGUAAACCGUGGAUCAGAUGUGAUUGGUGCUGGCCUUGUCGUCAACGACUGGUGCGCGUUUACCGGUAUGGACACGACUGCGGCCGAGGUCAGCGUAAUAGAAGCCGCAUUCAAACUGCAAGGCUACGACUCGUCUCGGGUGAUCGGCGAGAUGCGGGACGCACUGAUCGACAACUGGGCAUAA